AUGGUAGACGACUUUCUACUGGCCUUCGCGGUGUCAACAUUGAGCUAUGGAGCCGCGGUGGCGCUUGCCUUUGCCUGGAUGAAGGACCAGGGAGGCUACAUGGGUUGGCAGAAGAGGCUUGUGGCUCUCAACAAAGCUCUGGACGUCGCAAACUUUGCCAACGCCGUCAUAGCCAGCGUCCUCAGUUCGUGGGCUCUCUACCAGUUAGAGGAGAGGUUCCUGGUGAGGGGAGGCAGAGCUAGUGGUGACGGUUUCCUGGCCGACUGUGUACUGGGUAGCGUCUGCGGCUACAUUGCUGUGGAGAUUCUGGUCGUCUCUCUCACCAGCGCUAGAUAUAGCAAUACACCAGCAUGGUCUUAUCUUUGGCACAUCUAUGGAGAGAUGGUUCUAUUCCAUGCAGUUGCCUUUGUCGGACUUACUUCCGUCGUUCUUCGCAACACUGGUUACCCUGUAGCUCUGUGGGUAGUGUGGUCUGAACUCACCACAGUAUUUAUUGGACUCGAAAACUUUACAAGUGGUUGUGGAAACUCUUUCUCCAGACACCUAUCAGAGUUCUGGGGGAAAUGUGCCUCUCUACUGUUCAUAGUCCAGAGAGUAGUGUUGUUUUACUAUCUGCUGUGGCAGAGCUGGAUAAGCUUUGUGUGGGAGACUGGGUUUGUGUUCCAGCUAGGUGUCCUCCUGGCUGGGACCCUCAUCAAUACCCACAUGGCCUGGAAGUUUAUCACUAACUAG